AUGCAAUUAAUUCAAAAUUUAUACAAUGUUUUAACUCAGUCAAACAAAUUGUAUAAGGUAAUACAAAUCAUUCCGAAUGAUGAUACAAACCAAUUAAUUCUACACGAAGAAGAAGAUGUUUUAGAUAUUGGAAUGAGCAAGAAAACAUAUCUUGCAAUUUUUAAAGAGUCACACACAUACUUUCAUAAUUCAUAUGACAAAUCUACUUCAAAUUCACACGAUGACUUGCAAUCUUUGUAUUUAAUGACGUUAGGAUUUUUAAUCACAACAAAUGAACAUUCAACCAUCAUCAAACUUCAUGAGAAAGUAGUUAAUAAACUAAAUAAUCAAGAACAAGAUUUAGAAAUUAUAUCAUCAUUUUUAACUUGUAAACUGAAAAGAAUUAAUAAAAGUAGUUCCUUAUGGUAUUAUUUAAAAAAAUUGACUAUAUCACAAGUAUAUGUAAAGAAAGAUUAUAAAUUAUUGAAUAAACUAGUACUAAGAGCUUUAAAAAGUUGUAAAACUCAUUUUGCAAAUUAUUAUGCUAAUAAUUAUUUGAGAUGGAUUAUUAUGGUCAACCAGAUAAUGGGAAUGAGUAAUGAAUUUUUGAUACAAGAACUAAGGAGAGUGUGUCAUGCAAAUUUAUCAGAUAGUUCUUUAUGGGGAACAUUUUGCAUUUUGAUGAAGUCUCAUAAUGAAAAUGGAAUUGAAUUAAUUGUUGAGGAAUAUAAUAUGAUGACUGGUAUAUCUCUAGUUACAGAACCUAGUUCCCAGUCGAUUUAUCAGUGUAUGAUUCCAAAUGAGUUCAAGUGGUUAAUAAAUGUCCAAUGCAAGUAUUUGACACCGUAUCGAUUACUCAUUCAAUCAUGUGAAUCAAAUGAUAUUUUAAUUUCUUUGAGACUGAAGAUACAAGACAGUAAUCUACCUGAAGAUUUACGACAGUUGAUACUUAAUUCCAUCAAUCGUAAAGCAAACUCUCUUAUGUAG